AUGAAGACAAGAAGAUUGACCAGUAAAUGUUUAUUUCAUGUUGAUGAAUUUCAUUUGCAGGUUUACAUCAGUGGAACCUUUACCGAAUGGAAAACAAUCCCCAUGGUUAAAUCACAUGGAGACUUUGUGACUAUAAUUGAUUUACCUGAAGGUGAACACCAGUAUAAAUACUUUGUUGAUGGUGAAUGGAGACAUGAUCCAACAGUUAAAGUAGUAGACAAUGGGAUGGGCUCUAAAAAUAAUUUAGUAACAGUGAAAAUGUCAGACUUUGAAGUAUUUCAAGCACUCGCUAAAGACAGUGAAGGCAUACAUAGCAGUGCUCAAACUGAGUAUUCACAGGAAAUUCCGCAAUCAAAGCCUUGGGAGAAGGUGUCAGGGCCACCUAUACUACCACCUCAUCUGUUACAAGUUAUAUUGAAUAAAGACACCCCUCUAUCUUGUGAACCCACAUUAUUGCCAGAACCAAACCAUGUGAUGUUGAAUCAUCUGUAUGCUUUAUCAAUCAAAGAUGGCGUUAUGGUGCUAUCAGCGACACAUAGAUACAGGAAGAAGUAUGUCACCACUCUGCUGUAUAAACCAAUUUAAUGUUUGUAAUUUAUUUUAGUGCUAUUUAGGCUUCAAAGUUAAUUCUAGAAAAGUACCAAAUGUAUUAUUUAUGCAACCAUAAAGUCCAUUAAACUCCAACAGCAAUCAAUGUUAGAAUAUUGUUAUUCAGCUAAACAAUUUGCCUUCGUAAUUCAUGCAUAUGUUAUGAUCGGAAAUGUAUACAGCUGUUAUUUGUUUUUACGUUGACUUAAAACAUUGACACAUUAUGUAUAUUUUAUGUAAAUCUUAAAUUAUUUUUGAAAUUGAAACAUGGAAGGUAAUAAUAUAAUACAUGCGAAACAAGUACUUAAGUAACGCUUAAACCACAAUUUUCAGACAGCAAAUUGUUAUGUGAAAACAUGUAUUGUUAUAAUAAUAAAAAGUAUUUGUGUCUUUUAAAAAUCGAUUAAAUGUGAUAAUAUUGUUACGUCAUACUUUUUUAUGCAAAUAUCGUUAUCCUAAAAGGCUAAAGGCCGUGGCCAAUAUUUUUCUUAGAGAUGGCUUUGACGAUAGACAAGUACAUAAUCUAUCCGCGUCCAAAUUCUCUUUUAUUGUUAUCUAAGUCGAGUAAUAGAUUGUUAUUUUUAAAGUGUCUUCUAUCUUAAGUAUGAUACUAUACACCGGAUAAAUAUGCAUGAAAACGUCAAAUAUGCAAUAUGUCAAUUUACGACUAAUAUAGCGAUAAUAUGCAAACUAUCAUUUUAGGCAGGAAAAUGCCAAAAUAUGCAAAUGCAUAUAAUUCGGUCACUAAUAAUUUAACAUCUGAUAACAUAGACUAUCGUCACUAGGUUAAUUAGGACAAUAAAAUAAAAGAUUGGUAUAAAUCUAAUCUAAUAACGCAAAAGUAGAGAUAGAGACAAUUGAGUAUCACCAUAAAAGAUCAAUAGUUGCCGCGUCUUUAUUAGAAUUGCUUGUUAUAGCUCGAAUUUGUAAUAUUUGAAUAAUAUCUUAGAUUUUUAAAUUGUAUCCCGCGCAAAUAACGAAGUCGAAUACGAAAAAUAUUGUGAUAAAAUUAACAACGUUAUGAGACAUUACCAACUUAAGUAUUUUGAUGGAGAUUUUUGGCUUUCGCUUUUAAGCAUUAAGGUUCUUAUCACAUUGGCGAAUUGUGAAUGAAUUCGCAGCGGGGCGAUGGCGCAGUUAACUCGCUGCGAAUUUACAGCCACUAUGCUGCGGAUGCGCAACGUCUUGGUUCAUAGACCUCAUUUUGCACUCUUUCCUACAACAAACUUUUUCUUCAAUUAGAUUUGAUUAUAGGCAGUGUUUACGUUGUAAGUAUUUUUGUAUUAGAUGCAGUGUCUUCAGGUACACUCUUUUUUUUAACAUGUACGCUCGCAACCCAUGAAAAUUAAGUUACCAUGCUGAGGGCCAACCCAUUAAAGGGUUACGAACCUCGGCUCAGGACGUCUACUGAAGAGGAUGAGACAACAAAGAUUAUGGGAUAAGCGUACUAAACAAUCUAUCAUUACAGUACUUGUUAGAACGAGGGCCAGAUCUAGUAGAAGCGUCGGGGGGACGAAGAACGCGGCUAGGACGGAUCUGCGGUUUUGUGGAGUGUGUGAGUUUACCCGUUUUUACUGCGAAUGACCAGAGUGAUAUCGUCCUCUGGAUCGGUCAGAACUGAACGCGGCCGUCUCCAUUUAUCGUGGUCGAAUGGAGUGUAGAUCGAAUAUUGUUUCAACUCUUCCUUACGUAAAUAAUAAGACAAAAUCUGUAUUGUACUUAUUAUGACACGAUUAUGUGGCUAUAAAAAAUCUCAAUAAUAUAUAUAAUGUAGAGGCAGAAGUCUUGUGCGAUUUUAACGAGAAUACUAAAGUCCGUUUGUUCUAUGAAUAGUAAAAAAAAGUCCUGAAACAUCAUGUAACAAACGUUCACUUUAAAAGUAAUGUAGCAUAAUAUUUUCUUAAGCUCUUAGAAUCAUAUUGUGUUUAUGUUAAAAUAAAGUUUAGUUGUGUUCUA